AGAGCUCUUUUGGUUUUCCUCUGAAUUUAUUUGUACGUUUACUUAUUUAUUUUUACUGAAUAAUUCAGAAAAAGAGAAAUGUUGACGGAGAAACUUAUCCCGGAGAAGCUUCCAUCGUCGUCGGCGAUGUCAUCGAGUCACUCGCUCCGGUGCCACGGGGAAACGACGACGAGAAUGUUUGAAGAGUUGCCGACGGCGACAAUUGUCUCGUUGUCGAGACCGGACGCAGGGGAAAUUAGCCCAUUGCUUUUAUCAUACACCAUUGAAGUCCAAUACAAACAGUUUAAGUGGUCACUAUUGAAGAAGGCCUCAGAAGUUUUUUAUCUACACUUUGCACUGAAGAAGCGUGCCAUUAUUGAAGAGUUUCAUGAGAAGCAAGAGCAGGUUAAGGAAUGGCUUCAAUACUUUGGAAUUGGAGAUCAUACAGCUGUAAUGCAUGAUGAUGAUGAAGCUGAUGACGGAGCUGUGCCUAUGUUCUCCAAUGAAAGUGUUAAAAACAGAAAUGUUCCAUCCAGAGCUGCUUUGUCAAUCAUUCGUCCUGCAUUGAGCAGACAGCAGACUGUCUCAGAAAAAGCAAAAGUUGCAAUGCAAGGCUAUCUAGACCAUUUUUUCGGUAACUUGGACAUUGUCAAUACUAGAGAGGUUUGCAAGUUUUUGGAAGUUUCUAAAUUAUCAUUUUCACAAGAAUUUGGUCCUAAGCUAAGAGAAGAUUAUGUAAUGGUUAAGCAUUUGUCAAGGACGCCAAAGGAGGAAGCAUAUGCAAGGUGUUGCUUGUGUCAUUGGACUGGCUGUUGUAAUAGCAAGUGGCAGAAGGUUUGGGCUGUCUUAAAGCCUGGAUUCUUGGCUUUGCUGAAGGAUCCCUUUGACACGAGCCCAUUGGAUAUAGUUGUCUUUGAUGUACUUCCAGCUUCAAGCUUAGAUGGAAAGGAUGGAUCAUGUUUGGCUGAAGAGAUAAAGAAACGAAACCCAUUGCAUUACACGUUUAAGGUUUCCUGUGGAAGUCGUAGAGUUGACUUAAGAAGCACGAGUUAUGCUAAAGUCAGAAAUUGGGUUUCAGCAAUAAAUAAUGCUGGUCUUAGUCCUCCUGAAGGUUGGUGCCAUUAUCACCGUUUUGAUUCGUUUGCUCCUCAAAGGGGCUUGACUGAGGAUGGGACUCAAGCUCAAUGGUUUAUAGAUGGAAAAGCUGCAUUUGAAGCAAUUGCUUCAUCCAUAGAGAAAGCAAAAUCCGAGAUAUAUAUUACUGGAUGGUGGCUUUGCCCUGAACUGUACUUAAGACGUCCCUUCCACGAACACUGCUCUUCUCGCCUUGACAAGCUGCUUGAAGUCAAAGCAAAGGAAGGGGUUCAGAUUUACAUUCUUCUCUACAAGGAGGUUUCUGUAGCUUUAAAAAUUAACAGCUCGUAUAGUAAAAGGAAGCUUCUUAGCAUCCAUGAGAAUAUCAAAGUUCUCCGCUACCCUAACCGUUUUCCAACUGGUGUUUACUUAUGGUCACACCAUGAAAAGCUGGUUAUUGUAGAUCACUAUAUUUGUUUUCUUGGAGGACUGGAUUUAUGCUUUGGGCGUUAUGAUACGAAUGAACAUAAAGUGGGAGACUACCCCCCUUUUGUAUGGCCUGGAAAGGACUACUACAAUCCCAGGGAAUCUGAACCAAAUUCUUGGGAAGACACCAUGAAAGACGAGCUUGAGAGAAGAAAGUACCCUCGAAUGCCUUGGCAUGAUGUCCAUUGUGCUCUAUGGGGACCACCAUGUCGAGAUGUAGCCAGGCACUUUGUUCAGCGUUGGAACCAUGCUAAGAGGAACACAGCUCCAGAUGAACAACAAAUACCACUUCUUAUGCCUCAGCAGCAUAUGGUUCUUCCACAUUACAUGGGAAGGAGUGAGGAGAUAGAGAUAAAAGAUAAGGCUACUCCAGUGAAUAAUAAUUACUUAGACAGACAGGAUUCAUUUUCUUCACAGUCCCCUUUAGAAGAUGUCCCAUUGCUAUUGCCCCAGGAAGCUAAUGGCCCUGACUUUUCCAGCUUAGAUGACAGAUUAAGUGUGCCAGCUUCCGAUCAAUACCAACCGAAUCAGCAUGAGGCCAAAGAAGAAAAGGAUGAAGCUGGAGCAUCUGACUUGGAAAAUUCAGAUGACUGGUGGGAAAGACAAGAGCGAGUUUGUCAGGUUGUUUCACCUGAUGAAGCAACUCAAGUGGGUCCUCGUACUACAUGUUACUGUCAGAUCAUUAGAAGCGUAAGCAAUUGGUCUGCUGGAAUAAGUAGAACUGAAGACAGCAUUCACAGAGCUUAUUGUUCUAUGAUAGAGAAGGCGGAACACUUCAUUUACAUAGAGAAUCAGUUUUUCAUAUCAGGUCUUUCGGGUGAUGAUACCAUUCAGAACCGUGUAUUGGAUGCUCUGUACAAGCGUAUACUCCAAGCACACAAAGAACGUCAGUGUUUCAGGGUUAUAGUUGUUAUUCCUCUCUUACCGGGCUUCCAGGGAGGUCUGGAUGAUGGUGGUGCUGCAACCGUACGAGCCAUCAUUCAUUGGCAGUAUCGAACAAUUUCCAGACCAAAAAACUCGAUAUUAGACAACCUUUAUUCUUUGCUGGGUGAUGAAACAGAUAACUAUUUAUCUUUUUAUGGUUUAAGGAACCAUGGCAAGCUUUCUGAUGGUGGUCCAGUGGUCACAAGUCAGGUGUAUGUCCACAGUAAAUUGAUGAUUAUAGAUGAUUGCAUAGCCCUGAUUGGAUCAGCAAACAUUAAUGACAGAAGUCUACUUGGGUCAAGAGACUCUGAGAUUGGCAUGCUCAUUGAAGAUAAAACUUUAGUGGAAUCAUCAAUGAAUGGGAACUCAUGGAAGGCGGGAGAAUUUUCUUUCAACCUACGGAUCUCUUUGUGGGCGGAGCAUCUAGGCCUGUGCUCUGGGGAGAUUGAUAAAAUCAGAGAUCCGAUAAUUGACAGUACAUACAAGGAUUUGUGGAUGGCAACUGCAAGGUCAAAUGCCAGGAUCUACCAAGAUGUAUUCGCUUGCAUCCCAAAUGACGUUAUCCACUCAAGGUCUGCUUUUAGACAAGCUAUGAGUAACUCAAGGGAGAAAGUUGGGCAUACUACCAUAGAUUUAGGAGUAGCCCCUGAGAAGGUAGAACAUUUUGAGAAUGGGGAAGUAAUUCUUAUGGAUCCAACUAGAAAGUUGGAGUCAGUAAGAGGAUUUCUGGUUUCCUUUCCCUUGGAGUUCAUGUGUCAAGAAAAAGAUUUGAGACCAAUGUUUAUUGAGAGCGAGUUUUAUACAUCCCCUCAGGUCUUUUAUUGAGAUAGCAUCAUAAAAGAAGAAAAACGCACUGUACAGGAAGUGUAUAUAAUGCAGAAAUGAGGAUAGUUAGAUGUGUGAUUUUGUUGAUUAUGAUUUUUUUUUCAUUUUGAUAUUAUUUGUCUACAUAUGUAACAUCAAUAGCAACAUUGUAAAUCAUUCUUUGAAACUUUUAAAUAAAUAUUCGAUGUGAAAUCAAGGUUAAAAAUCA